UAGAACGUAAUGUAUACUACGUGUUUUUAGAAAACGGAGAGGAAUAGUCUUGCUUGGUUCCCGAACCGAUAACAUUGCAAAAGAAUGGUAUUGAAAACAUAAUGUAAUAUGUUAUUUCGAACCGUGUACCAGGCUAGGAUCUACCAGCUUUAACGUUCGCGUGUAAAGGAACAUCGCUGUUUAAUACACAAGAUUAGUGAGUUUGUAUGUAACACACAUGCGGUUUAGUCAGACGGCAAACGAAUUUCUACGCACUAACAAAUUGUAAACCCGAAACAUGGAUUUUAAAAUGUUAUGUGUAGUUGUUUUGUUUGUGCUUGUGUCGUUUAUCCCGUGUGAUGCAUUGGAAAAUUUGGUAAGCUUCGAGAUAAAAACAUCGAUUGAUUGUCCGACUGACGGGCAGUCCGGCAACGGCUACUGGAAUGUCAAUAACAAGGCAGAAGUCCCAAGAUGUGUGCUAAAAUGCUACGAAGGAUUCGAGCCGGAUAGAUGCCAUGUGCUGCGUAGAAUAAAACCUGAAACAUGGAAUCGGGAUAUACCGCAUUGUGUCAAAAAAUCCUGGAUACCAUGGGGAACUAUGGCUAAAGCAGGAGUAGCGGUUGCUGCGGGGGCUGGUGCUGUGGCGGCUGCUCCGGUUGUGCUGUCAGCAGUGGGAUUCACUUCCGCCGGGGUGGCUGCCGGUUCAAUCGCAGCCGGGCUACAGGGUCCUGCAGUCGCAUCCGGCAGUUUGUUUGCCCUGUUACAGAGCGCUGGGGCGGCCGGACUCACCACCGGAACUCAGGCGGGCGUGUUUAGUUGGGUCACUGCCGUAACGGGAGCGGUUUCUACAUUCUUCGGCGGCGAAGCUUGCGAAGCUGGAUGACAAGAUUUCAAUAUCCUCAAUUCAACGAUCAGAAUAAAACUGUUCAAAUUAAAAUAUGUUGGUCCGUUUUUUGGCAUUGUUUUAAUAAGAUUGUUAUUGAUGAAACAAUUUAAACAACGAAAAUAUCGCAUGCAAUUCCCAGCGAAUACUUUUUAUGAUUGUUGUUGUUAAAAAUAUUUAGUUCUACUUUA